AUGCUUAGCUGCCUACGCAUCAUUCGGUUGCUCGCCUUAACGAAUGGAACUGCGGUAGAUCAUCCUACGAAGUCUGAAAAAGGCGACCCCACUCCUCUCAAUUUCGACAACAUAUUCCACUCGUUGGAGCUGGUCUUUGUGAUCAUGAGCGCGAAUACCUUCUCCGAUCUUAUGUAUUAUACUAUCGACUCAGAUUACCCGCCAGCAGCUUUAUUUUUCGGCGCGGGAAUCAUGAUAAUGAUGCUCUGGCUCACUAAUCUUCUGAUUGCUGUCAUAACCUCAUCUUUCCAAGUUAUUCGGGAGGAAAGCAAAGCCAGUGCCUUUACAGCAGAGGAAGCUGAGCCUAGCCCCUCGCGCUCAGAUGAGGUACUGACGAGACGAUCGCUUCUACAAAAGGCGUAUGAUAGAACCGCGAUGGUUUGGGUCAUCAUCAUUGCUUUUGCCCUUAUAGCGCACUCCUGCCGAAGCGCUGUGAUGAGCGAAACCCGCAAGGUUUUCAUCGAUAGGACGGAGCUUGUCGCAACGAUAUUGCUUGAUGUUGAAAUCUGCCUUCGCGCAGAUGAGGACGGCGAGCUCUACCGCAUAUCCUUCUCCACCAUCUUCAACUCGUUCCUUGGCAUGUAUCAGAUUCUGUCAAGUGAGAACUGGACGGAUAUCUUGUAUGCUGUGACUGCUGCCGGGAAUGGGUUUGAUACGGCCUGGAUUGGUGCUGUGUUCUUGAUCGGCUGGUUUAUACUCUCAUUCUUUAUUUUGGUCAACAUGUUCAUUGCCGUUAUCCAAGAAAAUUUCGAUGUUUCAGAGGAUGAGAAGCGCUUGGAGCAAGUGAAAGCAUUUCUACAAAGAAAGGAGUUGGGCAAAUCAUCUGGCAACCUGGCGCUAUCUACCAUCUUCACCUUUGGACGGAACCGGAAGAAGAAGGCGAAGGAUCCGUUGGACUAUGGACCAGCCAUGAUGGAGAUGCUUCUGAAGGAUGCUGUCGUCCGCGAAUUCCUCGAUGACCCUGUGGAUCCUCUUCAAGAAAGUGCAGAGCCGUCUCAGCCUCUACGUCAGCUUACGACAAUGGUGGGGGAUGUUAGGCCCGGCUAUCUCUCGUCUCUUUGGGGCAAGGUUGUAUUGGCCGUCUCGAGUCAAGAACCGAACCCCUUCUAUUCUAACAUCCGCUUUGAAGGGCCAAACGACAAUCUGGAUCCUCGCCAGAUGGCCCGGCAGGCGGUAUCCGCCACUAGCGCCCGUCGAAGAGCACAGCGCGAGUAUCUCGCGAGGCAUCCCAGCUAUAAUGUUUCUCUCGAGCGAUUUGAUGGGGUUGAGCCCAACAAAAUUGCGUGGUACUCUUUCUCGGCCUUCAUUUACUCCGUUACGGUGGCCAUGGUUAUUCUGGCUUGCGUGACAACACCCCUGUACCAAAAGCAAUAUCGCGAAGAGCACCAAUUUAGCGUCCAGAACUGGUAUGUGUGGACUGACCUUGCCUUUGCUGGUGUUUUUACUUUAGAGGCAGCCGUGAAAGUCAUCGCGGAUGGGUUUUGGACCCCCAAUGCCUAUUACCGCAGUUCCUGGGGAACAAUUGACGGAGUGGUUCUCAUCACCCUCUGGAUUUAUGUGGCAACUUUACUUGCGAAUGAUGGGGCCGUCUCACGAGCAGUCGGCGCCUUUAAGGCUUUAAGGGCGCUGCGCCUGCUCAAUCUAAGCGACAGUGCCAGGGACACAUUCCAUAACGUUAUCAUAUGGGGCCUAUGGAAGAUCAUAGCGCCGGCAUUUGUGUCAAUAUCGCUUCUCAUCCCGUUCGCUAUUUAUGGCUUGAACCUAUUUAGUGGAACUUUAGUCGCCUGUAAUGAUGACUCUGACACUGUUGUUCGCCUGGAAGAUUGCUUCGGCGAGUAUAACAGUGCACCAUACAGCGAGGACUGGCUCCUAUUGGCGCCAAGAGUAGUCUCUAACGAGUAUCUCAAUUUUGAUGACUUCGGAUCAUCCCUCUUCAGCCUCUUUCAGAUCACCUACGUGCAGCUACACAAGUUCUUCCUCGUGGGCAUUGUUCUUCUGGUCAUUCCACGAAAUGAUGCUCUCGACCAACUGUUCAAAACUGCCGCCGCAAGUUUGACAAAGAUCAGCAACCUUCUCGCGACCUGGCUCAUUUUCUUUAUCAUAUUCGCCAUUGCCAUGACCCAGGCUUUUAGCCUCACGCGCUUUGGAGAAGCAGCCGGCAACGGACUCAAUCUCCGGACCGUACCAAACGCCCUCAUCCUCCUCUUCCGCAUGAGUUGUGGUGAGGGUUGGAAUGAGAUCAUGGAGGACUUUGCUGCCAUUGAACCACCUCUCUGUGUCGAAGGCGAUGACUUUUUCAACAGUGACUGUGGCAGCAAGCCCUGGGCUAGAUUUUUUUACGUCUAUCAGCGGUCAAGUGGCCUGGCCGUUGUAGAUCGGGACGAGAUCCGCCGAUUUAAAGAAGCCUGGCGCAGCGUUGAUCCGGCGGGAACCGGCUUUAUCACCAAGGAGGCCUUCCCUCGACUUCUCGGGGAGCUCUCCGGCGUAUUCGAGAUGCGGAUAUACGAUGCUGACGAUUCAGUACGCCAGAUUUUAGAAGACGUGAGAGGCGAUGGCGCUAACGUGAGGCACCAAUCACUUGGAGCGAGUGGUGGGUCUAGCUCUACCACUGGAGUUGACCUGGACAAGCUCAAUGAGCGACUCUCACACAUUGACGUACCGACUAUACGAGAGCGUCGUCGCCGCUUUAACAUUUUCUUUGAGGAAGUAAUGGUAUCGGCAGACCCUGAUAAGGGUAUCUCGUUUACCACAGUCCUGAUGAUUCUUGCCCACUACAACAUCAUCAGCGAUAGUAAGAGUUUAAGGCUUGAGGAGUUCCUCCGGCGUCGCGCAAGACUCCAAAGGGUGGAGGAAGAAGUUCGAAGGCGUGUUGUACUGGGAUUCUUCGAGACCCUGUACUGGUCACGCCAAUUCCAGAGACACAUGGAACGCAAGCGAGCUGGAAGGAUGGCGGCGGUCCCACAACUGGACAUCCCCGACAUUCUUGUCGAUGAUGAGGCCAUCAGUGACGGCACCAUGCUGCGGGCGGUGUUUCAGAUCCUUUCCCUCAACGGAUCCGACACCAACAACGCCCAUGCUCGGUUGUAG